AUGUCAAUUGGAUACCACGAUGAUGGCGAGGACACACUAGGUCCAACUAUCGUAACGCUGUCCCUCGGAGCCCCGGCGACCAUGAACAUCCGCCUGAAGCAGAAGUACUUUAAGAUCCCGGAGGAAACGAAACAAAGGGUCGAACCUAACGAUCUGAUUCUGCCAAGCUGCUGCAUGGAAGCUGAGCGACGCGAGUUAAAGGCACUCUACGAUAGCAAGCAAAUCACCUGCGCCGAAUACUGGACCCGCCUUGGGGCUUUGCGAUCUAGUAAUAGGAGAAGGGAGGCGAGUCCCAUCUGUUCCCUGGAACUCCAUCAUGGUGAUAUGAUCGUCAUGCACGGUGCCAAUCUGCAAAAGUACUACGAGCACUCUGUGAUGCCGAACGGGGAGCUUCGAUUUGCUCUAACGGCCAGAUAUGUCAUCCCGGAAAAGCUGGCUGAAGAGGUACGGUGGAAGGGAGAUUAUACCCCGAGCUCGGAGUACGAAUACGACGGCGAUGACUAG